AUGGGCGCCGCCUGCCACCCCAUCUCGAAGCUGGAGCUGUGGCCAGACGAGCUGCCAGAGGGUAUCGACGAGACCAUCUAUGCUGGCGUCAAGCAGCACAAGGUUCAGCUGUUGGCCACCUGCCUGGGUGUGGACGUUCCUGGCUUUCGAGUUUUCCAUACCUCCGUCGUGGUGGAAGAUACGGAGUACUAUUUUGGCCCCUCCGGGGUGAAUACAACAACGGAUUGUGGCAGCCACAAGUUCUUGAAGAAUGCGCCGACGAUGCUGACAAUGGGUUACUCGCCGAUCCCUGGACAGGAGAUGAGAAGGGUAGUCAGUUCGUUGUUUCGGGCUGGUAGCUACGACGCGUUGCGCAAGAACUGCAACUCUUUCAGCGAUUGUGCACUCUACUACCUCCUCGGCAAUCGACUCGAAUGGCGAUAUCGAGGGCUCGACCAGGUUGGCGCGGCCCUGAAUCGUCACGACUCAGCACUAAUGAAUUCCAUCUUGGAAGCCAUCGGCGUAGGCACCUACGUCCCCAAUCCAGAAGCUGUUGGCUUCGACAUUGAGGAGAGCCUGAGGUGGCUGAACGACGCCAGGGAGGUCCGGAGGACUCACAUGGGGGGCCACUUGAAGGGCCGCCCUGCAGCUAACAAGAGCGGUCGCUUUGCAGUCGAAAAUUAA